GUCUGUGUCAUAUCCCCUGCUGAUCCUGGUAAUGGAGAAAGAUGAAUGAAGAAUUUACUAUAUUUCUAUCUUCUAGAUUUGGUUAUCAUUUGAGUCAUUAACCGCAAGUAUUCAUCUCAGCCGUUAUGUUGGAUAAGGGUUAUUACAUUAAACAACGUCAAAAUGUGGCGAUUAGGGAGGCCAUCGGGAACCAAAGUGUUGAGAAGAUGCCACAGCUCACCAACGGAUGUGUGUUGCAAACUUUACAGCAGAUCUCGCCAGAAAAAUCAUAACUUACGCCUUCCAUCUGAUGGCAUCUUUGGUAGCUUAAAGGCACAUCACUUUUUUAUAAAAACAAAAAGCUCUUGUCAAAAUGCAUGGAAGGACCUGAGAUCAUCAAGUAUGUGUUAUUCCAUCUCCGGGUUCAAUCCUAGGUUUUAUUGCUCCUAUGAGUCUGUCACAGAUCCCAUUGAAAUCCACAAACAGAAGCUGGCACAAUGGUUUAAUCACCUCCCUGAAGAGGAGAAGCAGUUCGGUGGCUACUUUUCUCCCGAAACCAUGCACGUAGAGCCGCUCAUGCUAGAGCGUCAUCCGGAUGAGGAAAGAGGUCUUCCAGUGAGUCGCUUCAAGACAAAUGCAAACGUAUCUACACAUCCCUCUCUCUCUGUAGAGCAGCUCUUUGAGGCUGAUCAUGAUGAAAACAAAGCACGAGGACUAAAUGUUUUACUCUAUGGAGCUGUCGGCACCGGAAAAAGUACUGUUGUCCGUAAACUGGUGCUGGAUUGGUGUGCUGGAUCUGCCUUGUCCCAGUUCAAACUUCUGUUGCCCUUCUCCUGUGAGGAUCUCUCGUAUGCAUCCAAAGCAACGUCCCUUCGAGAUCUUGUCGGGAAAAAAUACAUGCACCUUCGAAAGACAAAUUAUCUUAAUGGAGAUGUUGACAAAGCCAAGGACGUCCUCUUCAUCUUCAACGGAAUGGAGAAGAUGAAGCUGGACUUUCGCAUCGGCUCGACAGAGUUAUGCAGUGAUCCCAAUGAAGCUCUGCCGACAGGAUGUGUUGUUGUUAAUCUACUUAGGAAAUACCUUCUACCUGAGGCUAGCAUUUUAGUCACAACCAGAUUGUCUGCCAUGGACAGAAUUCCCAAAAAAUACGUAAACCGCUUUGUACAGAUUUGUGGCUUCAAUGAUCCUGAUCGCCAGAGAGCGUACUUCACGAGCAGGCUCCUGCAACAAAAUGGAGAGAAGGACGGACCAACAAAGGCGGCUGAAUCUCUCAUCGAAAUGUUUUACUUGAACCUACAACGAGAGAGUCAUUUAGCGACAGCAUGCUUUUUACCAUCUUAUUGCUGGCUUACAUGCGCCACUCUUCAUCUUUUGCAUUUUACGGACGCCAAUGCACCGAUUCGAACCCUUACCGGUAUCUACACGAGUUUCAUGAGGCUCAACUUUGGGGGAGAGCUGAUAACUACGGAUGGGAAUGCAUCCUCACAAGACCAGGAGAACUCACUCAUGCUAUAUGUGGUCCGUACUGUGGGGAAGCUGGCUUUUGAUGGGAUCACCAAAAAGAGGACAUCCUUCUCUGCUGAAGACCUGGAGCAGUGGGUCGGUGGUAAGACCAAGACGGACGAAGAGCUCCGCCAACUGGCGGUGUUUCGCACAGACGUACUUGACUUCUUCCUGGUCCCUGAUGACAACGGUCCACAUCCAGAGUCUGGGGAGAGACGUUAUGUGUUUGCUGUCCCUGCCAUGCAGGAAUAUUUCGCCGCUCUUUACGUCGUUCUUGGUGAGAACAAAACUGUCCUGGAGAAGUUGACUAAGCAGAUAUCGGAGGAUUUAGGGCAGGCCACUGAGGAAAUUACAAGCUUACUGUCCAUUCUCUCCAAAAUCAUACCAUUCCGCAUCUUUGCCAUCUUCAACUUGCUCAAGUUGUUUCCCAAACUCUUUGAACGAAUCAGCAGCUUUACCAAAGGACGCAUUGCUCACACCAUGGCGGCAGAAAUGUUUCGCUCGGAGGACAGCUUCAAUGAAGAUGUCCUGGAUCAGGUGGAGCAAAGUCUGCUGGGAGUUCACGGACCCCAGCCGCAAGUGGAAAGUGACACUAGGGCGUUUGAACUCUACCCCAUCUUCAUGGGCGGACUUCUUCAUUAUGAAAACAGGAGGCUGCUGGGGCAUCUCGGGUGUGACAUCAAGAGUCAAACCGUCGCACAGAUCACUCGGACGCUAAGGAAACAUCUGAUCAAGGAGAGUAGUAAGAAGCAGCCACCUGAGGAGCUGAUGGACCUUCUGGUUUUACUUUAUGAGUUUCAGAACCCUCGACUUACAGCUGAAGUGCUGCAGUCCAUCAAGACCAUCAACUUGUCUACUGUGCGCAUGACCCCUCUCAAGGGUUUUGUGCUCAGUACGGUGCUGAACUGCACUCGCUCUAGUUUCCACCUGGAUGAGCUCAACCUGUCCUCAUGCCACAUUACUCCAGAUCUAUUGCAGAUGCUCUGGCCAGCCUUCCAUCACACUACCAACCUCAAUCUCCAGUUUAACAGCUUGGGUCCUGAGUCCUGCAUUCUUCUGCGAGAUCUGCUGCUGGAGCCCAACUGUACAAUUAAGUCAAUACAUUUGUGUGAUAACCACUUGACGGACGCAGGUGUCAACCAUCUACUAGAAGCUCUGUCUGGUAACCAUUCUCUGCAGCGGCUAUCUCUGAUGCACACUGGCCUUGGGGACACGGCAGCAUAUCUACUGGCUGAGAAACUGGGCCAGCAUGACAUGUUAAAGGAACUGAAUGUCGCCUACAAUAACAUAGGAGACAGUGCAGCUCUCACACUGGUCGACGCCUGUCGAGAACACCCCAGCAUCCAUACAGUACAUCUAUACCUGAAUGAGCUUACUGAUGUGGGCAAGCAGUCACUUCACGUGCGCGGUGGUCCUCGGGUGAGGGAGGGCCGUCGGGUGAAGGUUCUGGCAUCUGUAACGGAGGGCUCGGACAUUUCAGAAGACUGGCACCCCAUUCUGAGCAUUAUUGGAAAAAAUUCCCUGUCCUGGGAGAGGGAGCGUGUACGCGAGCAACUGCACGUCUUCCUGAAAGAUCUAGAAUGGGGUCGGAAGCAGCAGACUUUCUGGAAGAAGCUGCACUUCCGAAGAGUAGAGAGCGUUGUGAGACAAACCCUGCGGACACUGGAGAAGAGCAGUGACACGGGAACAGGCUCUGCUUAGAAUUGAUGGGUUUAGCAUAGGAAUAGCAGGGGUGGGUGUUUCCUUUCUCAAGUUGUAAAUUUAGGAAUAAAAUUCCUUAAAAGAUGCCUUAAUUUCCAAGUGAUCUGCCAUAUGUUAAAGGGAUAGUUCACCAAAAAAUGAAAAUUGUGUCAUCAUUUACUAACUUUAAUUUUGUUCUAAACCUGUAUGAAUUUCUUUUUUUCUGAUAAACACAAAAGAAGAUAUUUUGAUAAAUGAUUGCAACCACUGACUUCCACAUUAGGAAAAACAAAUACGAUGGAAUUUAAUGGGUACCGUCAACUGUGUGCUUACCAUCAUUUAUCAAAAUAUCUUCUUCAUCAUUUAUCACAAUACUUCCAUAAUAUAUAUUUUCCUAAUAUGAAAGUCAACUGUUACAAACAGCUGUGUGCUUACCAUCAUUUAUCAAAAUAUAUUUUUUAUGUUCAUCAGAAAAAAGAAAUUCAAACAGAUUUAGAACAACAUGAGGUUUAGUAAAUGAUGACAGAAUUUUUAUUUUUGGGUGAACUAUUCCUUUAAUUGGUUAUUUGUCAUGUGUCAAUUGGUAUUGUCAUGUGUCAGCUGUGUUACAGCUUUUCGUUGUACUUUUGCUUUAGGUCAUUUUGAAAAAACACUGUGAUGUUUUAAUUUUAAUUCAUUGUUUAUGGGAAAGGUCAAUGUUUCUGUAUUAAAUUUGAGAAUGUUUUGUAUUAGUACUUGAAAUUUGCACCUUGUUGCACUAUAAAAUAUGUUGCCAUGAAUAUGCAUGUGUUCAGGGAGAAUUUAAGGUGCUUUAAUAUCACAUGAAUUAACUCUUCACUUCGCAGACCAGCGUCUCGGAUGGUUCAAAACCAGACCGAAAUACUCGUAAUAUGCAUGUGUAAUACUAACACAUCUGCAUCCUUUGCACAUAAAUGCAUUUUGUGCCUUAAUCUGUUAUCAAAAAACUAAUGUUAAACAUAUGCAAUUACAAAAAAUAAAGUGUUGAUCAGU